AUGCAAACAAGACUGCAGCCAGCUGACGAACUCCCACCUUAUCCUACCGCUCAAGCACAAGUUUGGAAGUGCCAUAGACGGCGUCACUAUCGUGGAGGUAUGAGCUAUUCCUUGGGUCGGACGGAGCGUGUGACCACGCUCACCAUGACAGCUGCAUUUAGACCACCCCCAGGCACUGUUUACUGGGACGCUUCAACACAUCCAAGGGGCCUCAACAGCUACCCGAUGGUGCGAAUCACGAUGACUAAGUCAUAUCAUCUAGCAGAUUCACAGAUAAUAAGGGACUUUGAACAGCAAUGCAGAUGCUUCAUUAGCAGACAUGAGUCAGUAGAUGACUUCUUGGAUGUCAGGGAAGGUAAGCGAUCUUCUACUUCACUGCACAAUACCUUUUAG